AUUCAUUGUUAUAUUAUCUGGACCUUUUAUCACCUAAAAAAACAAAAUGUUCAAGUUGUUCCUGUUCGCCUGCUUUCUAGCCGUGGCGGCUGCCAAGCCCGGCGUGUACUACACGGCUCCCGUGGCCGCGGCCUACACCGCGCCCGUAGCGGCCGCCUACACCGCGCCUGUGGCCUACUCCGCCUACCCCGCGUACUCCGCUUACACCGCUCCCGUCGCCGCUUACUCCGCUUACACAUACGCUUCCCCAUACUCUUACUACCUCCGCCGUUGAUUAUUAAAUUAAUGAUGAUAAAUGUGAUAUUAGUGCAAUGAAAUAUAUUAUUUAGAGAAA